AUUGAACAUGACGACUCCAACACACACACAACGUUUGCACAAUAAAGUGAAUUUGGACUUGAGUUUCCACUAUGGCGGAAUGGAUGAGGAAUAUGGAGAUAUAGGGGUAAUUUAGGCGUUAGUUGGGGGCCAAAUGCCCCUCGACUAACCCACCGAUUGGCUCUGGUAAUAACAGAAGAAGCCAUCUAACAAUCUCAGCAAAUAAAAACCAUUUUGAUCGCCAGACCAUCGUCAUGGAAACCUUAAAAAAGGUCCAGCUGAAUCGGAGUAAAUGUGACACAAAUUCUGCCAUACUUCCAGUGUCGAGAACUUUUUCAUCAACAAUGGCAGCAGAGCCGUCGUCGAAUAGUUCGAGUAGUGCUGGCAAUGGAAGGAGAGGGCUUUCGCCGACAGAACUGAUGACGGAGUCACUUGAAGCUGCUGUCAGCUCUGACGUGAAGCGAAGGAUAGAUGCGAUUGUUGGUGAUGUAAACAAGUUCAGUGACUUGGAGAAGUUACUGCUCUACCUGAAGCUACCCACGUCUGGUAUCAACGGGUUGGAUUCCCAUCACCUCAAAAGCACAUCCCCAUCGCUGACUGUCACUCGGAUAGAGCAGACACAAGCUUUCAACUGGAUCCACAGUCAUCUGGAGGAAUGUAGUGAGACAUCGCUUCCUAAACAUGAAGUCUACGAAGACUAUCGUGUGUACUGUGAGUCCGCAAGUCGUCGGGUGCUGAGCCAAGCUGACUUCGGCAAGAUCAUGAAAAACGUCUUUCCUAAGGUGAAACCACGACGACUCGGGACUCGUGGAAAUGCAAAAUAUUGCUACAGCGGUCUACGCAAGAAAUCUGAUAUUCAGCCACCGUCACUGCCGUCUAUGGACUCCCCUCGUAAAAUUGGACCAAAUGAUUUUUCUCGAAGUUCUUCCUUGUGCAAAUGUGGUGAGGAGCAGCACCAGCUGAAUCUCGCCAACUCCGCCGUCGUCUGCGAGUGGGCUGACAAGAUCUUAGGCUCAAGGUUUCAGACCACCGAUGAGCUCGCCCACCACCUUGCCAGCAAUAAAAUAGUGUCGAACUCGGUGGCGUCGUUCACGGUACUCUCCACGAGAGGGAAGGAUUCAUCAUCCCUGGGAAUGGUGAAGCUGCCGAGCACGCCUGAGGAACGUAGAAAGGAGACGAACAGCCAGCUGCAGAGGACCAUUCACCAGCGCCAGCUGAGCAGACUCAAAGAGCAACAGGCCAACGAGAAGAACAACCACGCGAAGACUGGGGAUGGUGUGAAAACUACUAAACAGUGGGAGGAGCGGAAGGGGUUAAGUCGGAGCCACAGCGUCCCCAACGAGAUCCAAAUGAAUGCAAGAAUCGAGAGCCAAAUGGGAAGUACAAAAUGCGAGGAGGGUCUUAGUAAUGGAAGCCGUCCUCACAACAGGGUGAGCGAUCAGCAGAGGAACCCUGCACAGUCGAAUAACAAUAGCAAUAACAGUAACCAAACUGCUGCAGGUUCAACAGCCGUGGUGUUGACUACCACCACUAAUAUCAAGGAGAGCCCGAACAAGCGUCGUUUCACUCCCAUACAACCAAAGACUCCAGUGCGAGACAGUACUGUCAAAAUCCCUGUCAACAACACACAAGUGGUGCUUGUCCAACCCAAUGGUGCCAUUGUCAAUGCAAAAGGACAACCGAUCCAGCAGUUGCCUCCUGGAGUCCAAUUGUAUAAGUUCGCUGGCGUCGGUGGGUCUUCUCAGCCGAUGGCCACGUUGCCAGUGCAGAACAUUCCAAACUCUAAGCCAGUUGCGUUUGGGUCUGCCAAGUCAAACGGAUCGUUGCCUGGAAUGAAAAACGGUCAGAAUAUUAUGGUUUUGCCGCAACAGGUCAUAAAAGGGUCUCCUGUCGCGGGGAGUGUGCUGGUGGUCAAACAACCGCCUUCAGCCAGCCUUGCCACCAACCUGGUCAGUGCAUCCAUAUCAGGAAGCACAGCCUCAACAGGACACCAGGACUUUCUCAGGACCUCGGCUUCCCAGAGCAACAAUCCAAAUGUCAUGCUGCAGUUACAAUCAGAUGCUGGAGGCCCACUACCUCAGGGAGGCACUAACUCUUCUCAUUCAGGUAUUGUCCCAGUAGUGACUUCAUUGUCCCCGCUUUCGAACGUCCGGGGAGAUCUCUCUUACUUGCCAACUAAAUCUACAUCUUGUCCUUCCAGUUCAACAGUACUCCUGAGACCUGCAAGUGUAGACCCUCAUCAGACAAGCGCACCAAACACAAGCAAUUUAUCUGUAGCUUUUAAUUCACAGACAACCGACUUUGCAACUGUUCAGCUUGCGCAAAACCAAUCAACAUCGGUCACCUUCGCCACCCUGCCCAUGCGCAAGGAGGUUUCGGAGGGCUCAUCUGCAGUGUUAUUGGGAGGACGUCCGGAGUCCAACAUAGUACCUUCAGAUGGAAGAUUUCAGUCUUGCACAACUUCCAGCGAUGCACAAAUUCCAGUAAAUGUUGCGAAUUCAGCGUCUGCGCUGUUGGCCAUCUUUUCCAACUCGGCAAACCGGGAGCAGAUUCACGAAGAGAACCGAGCAGUUAAACGUUCCCCCAGCAGAAUGAUCUCACAGCAGAUGGGCGGCAAUAUCGGGGCAGUUCAGGCUGUCAACUUUUCCCCAAACGGAAUAGAGAAGAGACAGGUUUCAGUUGCGAAUCAGCACAGCAACAGUUCAACGGUGUAUUUAUCACAAGGAGUUGUCACCACUCCAAAGGAUAUGUUACAGCGAUCGCGUCUUGCGACACCUGCGGGCACGAGCUUUGAAUUGAACCGUGGGGCUCAUCAAGGACUGCAGAAUACUGCAGUUACAUCUCUGACUGUACCAAUCAAAGGACAACAAGCAUACUCGCAGUCCAUCUCCUCUAGCAGUCUGAUGUCGAUGUUAAAAGCACCAGUAUUGGAGACAACCCAUUUAAACCAUCAACAGAUGUCUGACCCCGUGCAAAACAGAAACGGCGCCAACCCUUUGCCACUAACCUGCGAGUCUUUGCCUGUUGUCAACGUUCCGAUCCAUACUAGUGAUCAGCCUUUUGUGUCGCAGGGAUCUAUUGAGAUGCCGAUUGCUUUUGAAGUCGGCAACAAACGGUUUGCCCUCGCGUCUAGUAAUCAGUUUGUACAGACCUCGUCUGGUGUGCCUUUCCAGAUACUCUCACAGAUCAACGAGCUACCAGCUGAGACCACCGAUGCAGUCAACGUGAACACAGAGGUGAAUAACGAAAUGGAAGUGCUCGGCAGUCGAUUCCAAGGCACUCAGGCUGUGCUUUCUGGUGGGCUUGGAGUUGCUUUCGGACAAUGUACACCGGUGGGAAACCCUCAGCAUCAAGUGGAGAUCGAUGUCCAAGGAAGGCAGAGCACCACACCAAGCUUCAAUCCUCAUUCUAACACAUCAACGCCAAUACCGCCAGCCAUGGAGACCAUUCCAAUCAGUCCCACAGAUCCUGGUCAAGUAGUUUUCAAGUUCACCCCAAUCCAGCUGAGUGGAGAGCAGCUGGGAGCCAGUGUGACUAGCCCUAGUCCGGUGAAGCCCAUGCAGAAGCCAAAACCGACCCAUCUCUCUACAUCUCAGGGUAGCUUUGCCACUCCCAGUCGCAAGCGACGAAGCUCUGGCACGAUAAGGCGGCCAAACAUCAACAGUACAAUCUCUCUUCCACCUGCUGUAAGCCGACAGAUUACACCGACUCCAUCUCCCAAUGAGAGUCGAUGUUCAACGCCGCUGUCGCCAUCUAUGUUGGUCAACAGCCAAGCUGACACGGCCAGUAUGCCGCCCCCAUCGCCUGUAAUGAUUCCGUUAGACCAGCCUACAACCAGCCGAGGAUCAAUCAACCGUGAACUGUGCUCCCAAACCCUUGGCCAAGUAUCCUGGGGGGCGAAUGUAGUCGGGAAUCGAAAAAGGCAUCCAUCUGGACCACCCACCUUAAUGCAGCCAGCAAAACAGCUCUCCUUAGAUGCGGCAAGCUUUCUGCCGGAAGACCUCAACGACCUGAAUAUCCAAGCAUAUGAUUCCAGUUUUGAUUUGGGCCGAGCUCAGCAACAGUACCAGCGGAGUCACAGCGUCCCGCUACCGGCCUACCAGCCAGUUGUCCUCAGCCAAGACCGGUUCAUAUCAAACUUCCCAAUGUCUGCCGAUCAAAGAGGAAUCACUGUCAACAAUAGGAGUUUCGGGGCGAAGCGUAACCUCACCCAAGAGCUACAGGUGAUACACGUGUCAGAUGAGGACUUCAACCCAGAAGAUAAUUUCUUGGGCGGAGGAAGCGUCGCUGCUUACAAUGAUCUUUUGGUCGCUGAUCUUCAACAACCAACAGAGGGGCAGGGGACCUGGGCGGGAGACUCGAGUCUAACAGGCAUCCAGUCAGAUCCAGACUUGAAUGUGGAUUUCCCGAUCAGCUCCUGCAGCUCGGAACAAGUUACAGAGAGUCAGUUGAGCCUUGCCCAGAGCUUGGCGGACAAUUCAAACAGCACCACCUCGACCCUGAACGAAGAGAUAGCUGCAAUGGAUGAUAUGGGAUCAAACCCAGUGUUCCGAGAUAUCGCGCUCCCGAGCUGGUCCCAGAUCGGUAGCCAGAGCAAUUUGACAACAUUGGAAUGCGGUAUUUGAUGAUACUACGACAAACCAGGACACAAUUUCAUAGAGCUGCUUUAGCAGAAAAUAUUUCUUGACACAUUUAACUAAAGCAGAAAUGAGCAG